GUUGAUGAUCGAGCUUGAAGAAGAGAAAUUUUCCGUGUUUUCGUUCGAGCGCUUCUCACACCGGAACAACAGGCAGAGUCCACAAAAGUUUGCGAUAUUGAAAAGCCUCUUCAUAGCAUUCCUAAGAAACAAUGUCGGAAGCACCAGCAGAAGACAUCUCGAAGGUCCAGGAUGAGCUCGACGCUCUGAACGCAAAAAUCACCGGGCAAGGAUCUACCGUUCGACAGCUGAAGAAAGACGGAGCCGAUGCCGAUGUGAUCAAGGAAGCCGUUGCGGCUCUUCAAGAACUUAAAAUUUCUGCCGCGGCACUGGCUGAAAAGUUGACAGCGAAUGAACCACAAUUCAAUAGAAAGUCCUUCGACGAUUUGAUUAUUCGCAAGAUGUUUGUUGUCCCAUCCUUCGAAAUCCAUGGCGGUGUGAAGGGUCUUUUUGACUUGGGUCCUCCGGCAUGUGGUCUGAAGGUGAGUAGUGAAAGAGGGAGAUUCUUUGGAUGAUUACACAGUUGUAGUUGUUGAUGUACCUGUUCAUGAACACGAAUCUCAGAGAAAUAUGCGUCGUUCUUCCUUGUGUUUCGUCUGGCGUACAUAGGCUGCCAUGGUUGAUAUGUGGAGAAAACAUUUUGUCCUGGCCGAAAACAUGCUUGAAAUGGAGUGUACGAAUCUUACCCCAGAAGUCGUAUUGAAGACGAGUGGUCACGUAGAUCGAUUUACGGAUCUCAUGGUCAAAGAUCCGGUUACCUCCGAAUGCUUCCGUGCCGACAAACUUUUGGAAGAUGCCAUCGACGAUUUGUUGGAGAAGAACCCAACCUUGGACGCCGAAACGAGAGAAGAGCAUUUGCGCGUACAGCGACAAGCUGAUGCGUACAGUCCAGAGGAACUCGACAAAUUGCUACUCAAAUACGAAUGCAAGGGCCCCUCUGGUGAAGCCUAUGGUCCAUCCUUUCCUUUCAACCUCAUGUUCAAAACUUCCAUCGGACCGGAGGGAACAUCAGUUGGAUAUUUGCGACCAGAAACGGCCCAGGGUCUGUUUGUGAACUUCCGUCGUUUGUUGGACUUGAACGCACAAAAGAUGCCUUUUGCAGCAGCUCAGAUAGGACUAGGCUUCCGAAACGGUAUGUUAGUAUUUUGAAGGAAGUGGAAACCGAUUGAAAGGAACGAAAAAUUGUUUUCGACUCACAAAACGAAUUUGCGGAUUUGUUUUGUUCUCAUUCCAACUCUACAGAAAUUGCUCCUCGCAGUGGUCUUCUUCGUGUCCGAGAAUUUUGCAUGGGAGAAAUUGAACAUUUCGUGAACCCGGACGACAAAUCGCACCCCAAUUUCUCUUCGGUUGCUGAAAAGGAACUGGUAUUGUUUGGUCGUGAUGAUCAGUUGGGAACGGGUAAGACCAAAACGCUGAAGAUCGGAGAAGCCGUCAAGGGUGGUUUGGUCAACAACGAAACAUUGGGUUACUUUAUGGCGCGAACCCAGUUGUAUAUGGAAAAGAUCGGCAUGGACCCGGAACGGCUUCGCUUUCGACAGCAUUUGGCCACGGAAAUGGCUCACUAUGCCGCUGACUGUUGGGAUUUGGAAAUCAAGUCGAGCUACGGUUGGGUUGAAUGUGUUGGUCAUGCCGAUCGUGCCUGUUACGAUUUGGAUGUGCAUGCUAAGGCGACAAACACAUCUAUGGUCGCUACCGUGAAGUAUGACACCCCUAAGGAAAUCGAGGUCGCCAAACUGAAAUUCGACCGGAAAAAGAUCGGAAUGGUUUUCAAGAAGGAUGCGAGAACAGUAUCUGGGGCACUCGAUAAAUUGGCUGAGAGUUGGAAGGACUUUGAACCCAUUGCGAAGGCUCUCGAGGCAGAUGGAAAGGUAACCGUUGACGGAUUUGAGGUCACGAAAGAUAUGGUUAGCUGGGAGCAGUCAACGAAAAAAGUUCAUGAACUCAAAUUUACUCCCUCUGUUAUCGAGCCUUCUUUUGGUAUGGGACGUAUUUUGUACUCUCUUUUGGAGCACUCCUUCUACAUUCGUGAGAACGACGAACAACGUUGUGUCAUGAAAUUCAAACCUCAAGUUGCACCGCAAAAGUGUGCCGUUCUCCCAAUCAGUAGCAGUCCUGAAUUCAAUGCAAUCGUUGAUGGUAUUGCUGCUUCUCUCAUGGAGUACGAUCUUGCGACUCGUGUUGAUAAAUCCACCGCAGCUCUUGGACGCCGCUACGCACGUUCCGACGAAGUUGGUGUUCCAUUUGCUGUGACGGUCGACUUUGAUACCCUUAAAGACGACUCUGUUACAAUUCGAGAGCGUGACUCAAUGGUCCAGGUUCGAUUGCCGAAAUCGGAGGUUCCUCACGUGAUUUACGACAUUAUUCACAAUAGAACAAGCUGGGACGAAGUAACAAGCAAAUACCCCGUGGUUCAAGUCGACGACGGAGAGGGUGGAGGUGCUGCUGCACCAGCCGCUCCAAAGGAAGCUGCGAAGACCAAGGUUGUAUCUAACUCUCGCGGAAGCUUCACACGGCCCGCAUAAACUCUGUUAGUAGUGGAUGGAAUUUUUAAUAAACUUAAAAGAAUCCUAAACUUGUAUCCGAAAUAUUCUUGGGGUCGUGCUUACUUUGUCCCCCACCCUCCCAGCCCCCCUCCCGUCGCCGCCCUCUUCUCGGCAUUCUAAAGAAAUUUGAUCGAUGUCGCAAAAUGGUUGCUGAGUGUACCUAUCAAAUACUCAGAUGAUUCCAAUUGAUUUUUUGGCAGAACGAGCCUCUGAGAUAGAAAUCUUAUGCGCAGUCGGAUGCGACUCUGCAAUGAGUCAUUGUUCUAUUAUUCAAUUAGAAACAAGGCGCUCGGCUGCAUCAGAACUCAGAGCUGAAAAAGGGAUGUCGUCGCCAUCAUUACCCCGAAUGUGACCGUGUUGGGAAUUGGUGCAACUGCAACAGGCUGUCCUUUUGUUGUGUUGCUCUUAAAAAUACAGAAAUCGAUAGUUUCAAUAGAAGCAUCAUCAUUACUAUUGCAAACUUCCAGGAAGAAAUCUUUCCUGUUGUUGUUGUUGUCUUUAUGAAAUGAUCCCACAACAUCUUGACAAAAGUUCCCGCUUCGAGUUUCUUCAGGUGAUCGUAAAUUUCUACAUGGAGUUCUUCGUGGUUCCUGUUUCGACAAAUCACCGUUAUUCACGACAAUACUGGAACCGAUAGUGCCAAGAGAAGAAUCAUUAUUACUAUUACAAGCUUCGGCCAUAGGAAUCGAUGGAAUCGCCGGAUAUGAAUAUAUUGGAUCCAUAGAA